AUGUUUCAACGGAAAUUGUUAAAUAGAGAAAAACGUCCAAGAAAAUGGCUUAUUUACUCUCCAAGCACAGGGAAAGUUUUUUGUGGACCUUGUUUAUUAUUCGGUGGUGGAACUAGCUUUGGAAAACAAGAUGUAGGUUUCAAUGAUUGCAAGAACGCGUCGAUUAGAUUAGAAAGCCACGAAAACUCAUGUGAACAUAAAACAUGUGUUUUGGCUUUGCAACGUAGAUCUGACAUUGUCGGUCGUGUCGAUCAUGAGCUCGUCGCUCAAUUUCAAGAAGAGCUAACUUAUUGGCGUGAAGUUUUGAAACGAGUGGUUGCGACUGUAAAGUCUUUAGCAUCGCGUGGAUUAUCUUUUAGGGGACAUGAAGAAAAACUUGGGUCUCUUCAUAACGGAAAUUAUUUAAUGACGCUGGAACUCAUAGCGGAGUUUGAUCCGUUUUUAAGUAAACAUAUUGCUCAAUAUGGCGGCAAGGGAAAGGGAUGUACCAAUUACUUGAGUUCUACAAUAUGUGACGAAUUUAUUGAGUUGAUGGCAAACAAAAUUUUAACACAAAUAAGAGAUGAAAUCAAGAUAUCAAAAUAUUAUUCAAUGAUAGUGGAUUCAACACCAGAUAUUUCCCACAUUGACCAAUUAACUCUCGUGAUCCGGUAUGUUAAAGCCGAUGGUACGCCCGUUGAACGUUUUCUGAAGUUUAUCGCACACGUCGGCCACAAACCACAAGAUAUUUUUUUAUUGACUAUAUAUUAUUAUUCAAAGACGGAAAAACCCUGA